UUAUUUUAUGUAAAAGAACCAUCUGUUGUUUCAAAAGUAUUAAUAUGUUGUAGUCUUAAAAUUUUUUCAUCUCUUUUUUAGCAGCUUUAGCGGUGCGGGACCAGUGAGUGAAAAAUUGAAUCAUAAAUUUUGAUCAAAAAGGCAGCAUUUGAAUUCAUCAGUCAUAAGUUCAAGACAAUACAACACAGUCCAUUAUGUUAUCACGACAUGGACGAAGGUUGGUAAUAACUGGCCGUCACAUUAGAUUAUCUUCAACUUCAUCUAUACCUAACUAUUCCCAUACUUUACACUUACCUAAGACAAAAUUUGGACCUAAGAUCCCCAAGAGUCAUGAAAGAGAUCAACUUAUAAAUAUGACUAGUCUGGAGUUAUACCAAUGGCAAAGAGACGUCAAUAAGGAUAAGAGUCCUUUCAUCCUCCAUGAUGGUCCUCCUUAUGCUAAUGGGGAUUUGCAUUUAGGUCAUGCGUUGAAUAAGAUCCUUAAGGAUAUCAUUAAUAGAUUUGAAUUGAUUUAUAAUAAUUCAAAUGUUCAAUAUCAACCGGGAUGGGAUUGCCAUGGAUUGCCAAUUGAAAUGAAAGCUACUAAUCUCGAAAAUGAAAUCAAGAAAGCUUUAGCGAAGAAGAAUAAAAAGAAAAACAAGAAGAGUAUAGAGAGUUCAACUGAAGAUGAACAUGUAACGACACCUUUACUGGCUGUUGACAUAAGAAAUGCUUGUCGAAAACUAGCAACUGAAAUGAUUGAGAAUCAAAAGGUCCAAUUCAAUCAGUUUGCUAUUAUGACAGAUUUCAAUCAUCCAUAUAUCACUAUGAAUCAUCAUUAUGAAAUCAAUCAAUUAAAAAUAUUUCAAAAAUUAAUGGAAAAUGGUCUAUUAUCUCGACAAUUGAAACCAGUAUGGUGGGGAUGUGAAACUGAAACUGCAUUGGCAGAAGCAGAAUUGGAAUAUAAUAAUAAUCAUAAGUCCACUGCCAUAUAUGUGAAAUUCCCCCUUGUUGACAAUGACGGUCAUAAAUUAACACAAAAAUUGAAUGUGAAUGAAAAACCUUUAAAUCUCUUGAUUUGGACUUCAACACCAUGGACCAUCCCUGCUAACAAAGCAGUAUGUAUAAACAAGGAUUUAACUUAUACUUUAAUUGAAAAUGAAAGUGAAUAUCUCAUAGUAGCUCAACCAUUAGUUGAACAAAUUUUAAAACUCCAUGAAGAUUACAAACUCAUAGAUUCUAACUUAUCAUUCAAAGGAGACGAGUUACUCGGAUAUACAUAUACAAACCCAGCAUCUUCCGAUAAUGUCCAUCAUCCAAUCUUACAUGGAGAUCAUGUCAUAUCUACUGCUGGUACCGGUUUGGUUCAUACUGCUCCUGCUCAUGGUGGUGAUGAUUAUUUAAUUGGUAAGAGAAACAAUUUGAAUAUAAAUUCAUCUGUGAAUAGUAAAGGGAAGUAUAUUGAAGAUCAUUUACCAACAGGUUUUCAUUCGCUAAUAAAUCAAAAAGUAACUGAAUCAUCAACAGUCUUUAAAUGUAUUGAGAUUUUAACUCAACAUAAUAUGAUUUAUAACAUUGAUAAAAACUUCAUUCAUUCAUAUCCUUACGAUUGGAGAUCUAAAACUCCUGUGAUUCAAAGAUCAACUCCUCAAUGGUUUGUCAACGUUGAAAAAAUAAAAUCAAUUGCGAUAGAAGCAUUGGAUAAAGUUGAAUUUUAUCCUGAAAGUGGAAAGAAUCGAUUACCUUCCUUCAUUAAAAAUAGAAAUGAAUGGUGUAUCUCUCGUCAAAGAACUUGGGGUGUUCCACUUCCAAUCAUAUAUAAUAAAGAGAACGAUCAACCAUUAGAUGAUAUUACUACUGUGGAAUAUAUUAUUAAUAAGAUUGAUGAAUUUGGAACUGAUGAAUGGUUUGUGAUUGAAGAUGAUAUUUCAAGAUGGUUACCUCCUCACUUGAAGUCAACUAGUCAUUUAUAUAAAAAGGGUCAAGAUACCAUGGAUGUAUGGUUUGAUUCAGGUACAUCUUGGACCACUCUUAAUCCAGAUAAUGUUGAGAAAUCAUUCACUUCAGAUAAACCAUUGGCAAAUAUUUAUCUUGAAGGUAGUGAUCAACAUCGUGGAUGGUUUCAAUCAUCAUUAUUGAAUAAGAUUAUUGCAUCUGGUACUAAUAAUGGAACUGAUUUCAAACCAAUCGCUCCAUUCCAAAAGAUUAUCACUCAUGGAUUCACUCUUGAUAGUAAGAAUGAAAAAAUGUCAAAAUCAAAAGGGAAUGUCAUAUCUCCUCAACAUGUUAUAGAAGGAGGUGGUAAACCAUUAUUGCCAAGUUUAGGUACUGAUGGAUUAAGAUUAUGGGUUGCAUCAUCUAAUUAUAAUGUUGAUGUUAAUGUUGGACCUGAGAUUUUAACUAGAGUCUUUGAAAAUGUUAAAAAGUUAAGAGUUACGUUUAAAUAUUUAUUAGGGAAUGUUAAUGAUUUUGAAAAUCCAGUGGAAUAUAAAGAUUUGAAUCCAUUAGACAAGUAUGCAUUGUCGAAGUUGUAUAAGUUACAAGCUAAUUGUGUGGUGAAUUAUAAACAAUAUAAUUUCUCCAGAGUGGUUAAUGAAAUUAAUUUUCAUAUGAAUACGAUCUUGAGUUCAUUAUAUUUUGAUAUUUCGAAAGAUUGUCUUUAUACUGAUAAGAUUGACUCUAUCAGAAGAAGAAGUAUUCAAACUGUGUUACAACAAAUCUUGAAAACUUAUAUAGGGUUAUUAGCUCCUAUUCAACCAAUCUUAACUCAAGAAGUGUGGCAAGAAUAUCAAGCUUUAUUCAAGAUAGAGCAAUCAUCACCAUUUAAGAUGGGUGAUUGGAAUGAGUUUUUCCAAUUACCAACUCAAUUUUUGAAUGAAUCAGUUGAAUCUGAGUUUGAUGAUCAGAUUUGGAAACUAAGAGAUCAUACUUAUAAACAAAUGGAACAACUUCGAUUAUCAGGAGCUUAUAAAAAUAAAUUAGAACUCGAAGUCAAUCUUUCAAUCGAUCAGUCAUCAGAAGUUCUUAAUCUUUUAACUAAUCAUACCCAAUUCUUAGACGAUUAUUUCUUAGUAUCAAAAGUAUCGUUGAACGCUACCAAUCAACCCUCACAACAAUCACUCCAUCAAUCUAAAUUCCAUUUAGAUGAUAACACAGAUAUCACCAUAGACAUCGGCAUCUCUUCAGAUUCCAAAUGUCCAAGAUGUUGGAAGUUUAUAGCUCCCAAACCUGAUGAAUUAUGUAAUAAAUGUUCAUCAGUUGUACAUAGUUAACCUCAUAUAGAUUUAUUCUGUAUAUAGUAUUUUUAUUAUAUGUAAAUUUCCUGCAUAUAUUACAGCCAAUCAAAUGGUUUUUUAAAGUAAGAAAAGUCCGGGGGGUCUCUCUCUAAUUUUUCUCUCUUCCUAAAAAACGAUAUAACAACAAUUGUACAAAUUGUCAUCAACCAUUACGAUUGAUUCAAUCCAUAGAUAGAACUAGUAUCAUCAUCAUGUUAUCCUUAACUUCCCGUGUUGGAUUAGCCAGAACUUCCUUACCAAUCAGAUCAUCCAUUCCACUUUUGAUCCGUGGUAUUAAAACCAUUCCUCAACCUCCCGGAUACAUUGUUGGUACUGUCAAUGAUGCUUAUGUUCCACCAAAGGCUCAUAAACUUGAA